GGUUUCUUUAACAAAGCUAAAACCGGCGUAUCGCAUUAAAAUCAAUUUAAGCGUAAUAACCGCGCGUCUCGGAGUUGCCUUCACGAGUGCCACCUGGUGUCGGUUAGUGACAGUUAGAAUAAGCGGCUGCUGCUCGGUGGUUUUCGCACGACGGCGCGCGAAUGGAUGUCGAGUUCUGGAAUCAGUAAAGUGAAUGUACUUGCUAUUAGUGUUCGUGAAUACGAAAUAAUUAUGAGGUGCGCGGUAGUUGUGUUGGAUUCCUAUUAUUUUACGAAUGUGUACUGAAUGGGCGCCGAACGAGUGUCAAACGAUUCACGUGCGUCUGACUGCUCGCGAUGCAGCCCAUGUUAAAAGUUAUUCAGUGCCUGCAAAUUAUAUACUUGUACGGUAUCAAGAAGUCAGGAUGGCAGGCAAUAAAGCCCAAAUUAAUGCUGUACAGACCAAGCCUGUUGAGGUCUCUCAGCAGAUACAGGAUGGAGAGAAAUUUAUUAAAUGGGAUGAGGAUUCUGGAGUUGCAACGCCAGUAACAUUGAAAGUAGAUAAAUUUGGUUUUUAUCUGCAUUGGGUAGAUCAAAAUAAUGAGAUGGAUAUCUUGGAUAUAGCUACAAUACGAGAUACACGCACAGGAAAAUAUGCCAAAAUACCAAAGGAUUCAAAACUAAAAUCUCUUGUAACUAUGGGAUCUCAAGACUCUUUAGAAGACAAAACUGUAACAAUCUGCUAUGGAUCUGACUUUGUUAAUAUGACAUUUAUUAAUUUUUGCACAACGCGUGCUGAGAUUGCACAACAUUGGACCGAUCAACUUCUGCAGUUAGCAUACAAUUUAACACAGCUCAACACAAGUACAACUAUGUUUUUGCAGAAGGCACACACAAGAUUAGUACUCACAGUUGAUAAAGCAGGCAAAAUACCAGUAAAGAAUAUAAUUAGAAUGUUUACGCAAAAUAAGGAAGAUCGUAAACGCGUAGAAAAAGCACUUGAUAUAUCAGGUCUGCCAUCUGGAAAAAAUGAUGCUGUACCUCUUCAGAAAUUCCAAUUUGAAGAUUUUUUUAAUUUUUAUAAAUCUCUUACACAGAGAUCAGAUGUAGAAAAAGUAUUUGAAGGAAUUGUGGGCAAUACAAAACGUAGAUUAAUGUCCGUUAAACAGUUUGUAGAGUUUUUAAAUUUAACGCAAAGGGAUCCGCGAUUAAAUGAAAUACUUUAUCCAUAUGCAAAUGAAGCAAGAGCAAAAGACAUAAUAAUACAAUAUGAACCAAAUAAAUAUAAUGCUAAUCGAGGACAGUUAAGUUUUGAUGGAUUUCUAAGAUAUUUAAUGAGUGAGGAUAAUCCAAUUGUUGCUGUGACCAAAUUUGAACUUUCUGAUGAUAUGGAUCAACCACUUGCUCAUUAUUUUAUAAAUUCUAGUCAUAAUACUUAUUUAACAGGUCAUCAGCUUACAGGGAAAAGUUCAGUAGAAAUUUAUCGUCAAUGUUUACUUGCUGGUUGCCGCUGCGUCGAACUAGACUUUUGGAAUGGAAAGUUUGAUGAACCAGUUAUUGUUCAUGGGUAUACGUUUGUACCUGAAAUUCAUGCACGAGAUGUCAUAGAGGCAAUUGCUGAGAGUGCCUUUAAAACAUCGGAAUUUCCCGUAAUACUUAGUUUUGAAAAUCACUGUAAUCCACGGCAGCAAGCUAAAAUAGCACAAUAUUGUAGAGAGUUAUUUGGUGAAAUGUUAUUAGAUGCACCUCUGGAGUCUCAUAAACUGGAACCUGGACAAGAAUUACCUCCUCCAGCUUUACUUAAACGUAAAAUUAUAAUAAAAAAUAAGAAGAAACAUCAUCAUCACCACCACAAGAAGCAUCAUAAAAAGCAACAUGCAUUACCGUUGGAGGGUGAAGAAACUCCUCAAGAAACCGAUGAGAAUGGCAUAGUAAAUCCAGCCGCUGAAGGGGAAAAUGGGCCACCGCCGGAUAUAAUACCCGAAAACGAAGUAGUCGACGGGGUUGUUAAUAAUGGCGAACAACAAAUCAGGAAUGGAGAUGUAUCUCACGCACCGAUGCUUCAGCAGAGACAGAAUAGUAGAGAUAGUACGCAAGAAGACGAUGAUGAUGAAGACGAGUCAAGUACAGAGGAAGAUGAAUCUAAUGUAGAAGACAUCAAAUUUAGGAUGGGUGAUAAAGUUCCUGCACCCGAUAAAGUAGCAACUUCAGCGAAAGAAACAGAAGCAGGCGCGGAAAUUUCAGCAUUAGUCAAUUACGUGCAACCUGUUCAUUUUAAUAGUUUUGAAUCAGCUGAAAAAAAAAAUCGAAUGUACGAAAUGUCAUCGUUUGACGAAAAACAGGCAACGACGCUUCUAAAGGAAAGACCAUUGGAAUUUGUUAAUUACAAUAAACAUCAAUUGUCGAGAGUUUAUCCAGCCGGAACACGAUUCGAUUCGAGUAACUUUAUGCCUCAAGUAUUUUGGAAUGCAGGUUGCCAAUUAGUUGCUCUCAAUUAUCAAACACUUGAUCUGGCGAUGCAGCUGAAUUUGGGAAUUUUUGAAUACAAUCAACGUUGUGGUUAUAUAUUAAAGCCAGAAUUUAUGAGACGAAAGGAUCGUCGAUUGGAUCCUUUUGCGGAAUCAACGGUCGAUGGUAUCAUAGCAGGGACGGUACAUAUCCAUGUAAUUUCAGCUCAAUUUCUGACUGAUAAAAGGGUAGGAACGUAUGUGGAGGUGGAUAUGUUUGGUCUUCCAGCGGACACAGUGAGAAAGAAAUUUCGUACGAAAAUUGUUCCUAAUAAUGGGAUUAAUCCUGUUUACGACGAGGAACCAUUUGUAUUUAAAAAGGUAGUAUUGCCAGAAUUAGCUUCCAUCAGAAUAGCCGCGUAUGAAGAAUCUGGCCGAUUGAUCGGUCAUAGAGUAUUACCUGUUGUGGGAUUGUGUCCAGGAUACCGACAUGUUGCACUUAGAACAGAAUGUGGUCAACCAUUACCAUUAGCGAGUCUAUUUUUACAUGUGAUUGUCAAAGAUUACGUACCAGACGGCCUUAGUGAAUUAGCCGAAGCAUUGGCCAAUCCGAUAAAAUAUCAAAGCGAAGUGGAAAAGAGAGAGAAGCAAUUAAUGGUUCUUACUGAUUGCUUAGACGAACCUUCUGAAGAAAUUGAGGAAAAAGAUAAAGUUGGCGAAACACCAACUGCUUCUAAAUCGACCGAAGAGACUGUUAAGACAAAACGAGUGCAAUCAGUAGGUGAAUUACCAGCUCUUCAACCAACGACAAGCAGUACACAUGGUAGACCAUCGAUUAUUGGUAUAAAUACUUCUGAAACGCCAGAAGUUGAAGAUAAUGCACCAUCUCCUGUAGUCCAGUUCGUUGAUGCAUCUGCAAAUAAAAGUCCGGUCAAUGCUAGUAGUACGAGCGAAGAGGUAGUAGCUGAAUCUUUGGAAAAACUUAUGGAAAAUAAACUCGUAAAGGAGAAGAAAUCGGAGCUUGAGAAAAAGUUGGAAUCUUUGAGGAAAAAACAUGAGAAGGAAAAAAUACGAAUACAAUCUCAAAAGGGUUCUCUCGAUGGAGAAAAGCAUAAGUCUAAGUUUUGCAUGAGUCAUAAAUUGGUGAAACGAUUAUCAAGUAGAAACAUUUUUUCAAGCGACGUGGGUUUAAGUACUCUAGCUCUGGCAGAAACUUCCGAAUGUUCUGAAAUGGAAAAUCGUGAAGGCGUUGAAGGUCUAUCAAGAGGUUUACCUAGGAGUCAAAGUGAACGAUUAUUGGCUGUUUGUAAAGUACACAUGCAACAGGAACGUGAGUUACAAGAGAAAUAUCAUGAAAGCGUAUUUGCCACGGUAGAGAAAGUGAUGCGAACAUCGCAAUCGAAUCAAUUGAAAACAUUGAAAGUUCUACAGGAAAGGGAAACAGCUGAUGUUAUGCGUAAACUUCAAGCUAGUAGACACGGCGAGGUCAAGCAAUUAGCUAAGGUUCAUAAGGACAAGGCCGAAUUAGAUCGGAUGAAGAGAGAGGUCGCUAAGUCGACAGUGGAGAAAGGUGUUAACGAAUGUACUAGAUUGAAAAAAAUUUAUGAGAAAAAGAGAGCGGAGUUGGAAAGGCAACACGAAGAGGUCCGACAGAGGUUGGAGGAGGAAAGAGCUAAUAUAAAAGCCGCUCUGCAGGCAGAGUAUAAUAGUCGUUGUAGCAAAUAUGAAAGUGGAGAGUUACCAUUAUCACCAUCAGGUGGUACCAGUAUGCCUGAAUCACUCAGUGAGAAUACAUAUUGAUUAAUGAGGCGAGAUGAUAUUCUACAUUACAUUGUCUCAGUGAAAAUUUGGACAAUAUACCAAAUGAAAAUACUGACGAUAUUGGUACAUUGAAUAGUUCUUGAUGAAACUCUAUCUGACGAUAGCGGAAUAGAAAAGUGGAUUUGUAAAACGGCAGAUAUACUUUUUGAAAAGUGAAAAAAGAAAAGAAACCAAAAAGAGAGAGAGAAUAUGAUUUUAGGCAGCUCGUCAACUGUAAAAAUUUCGAUGAGCAAGGUCUCUAUACUACAUACAUCGUGUGUACAUAAAAUGAGAUUUUAAUGUCUAACGUCUCGAUUUUCAAAUUCGAAUGACGUAUAAGAUAAUUUUAUAUCUUCUUAGAUAAAUUUAUCUCUUACGUUAGUACCAUAAAUAUACAUAUAUGUAUAUAUAUAUAUAUAGUGUCUAAACGAAAAAUGUCCACCAGAAUGAUUAUGAUAUCUAAUGAUUUUUUCAAGAAACGCUGAGACAGAUUAAUUUUGUUUUUGAGAGGGACGGGUCCUUGUCACAAAUCGUUCCAUUUUGGAUCAAUCUUCUAAAAGGGCUGAAAAUAUUCACUCUUCGAAAAAUCUUAAAUAGCAACUAGGAUCAAAUGAUAUAUCAUUUGAAAGAUCUUUUAAUUCUCUUUAUGAUUGUGCUAUUUUAAAAUUUUGAGUCAAUAAUUUCCGAGAAAAUACAUUUUUAAAUUUCUAUUUGAAAACAACUUUUAUUUUAUGAAAUAUUGUGUAUUUUCCAUCUCUAUGUAGUAAUAAACUCUUUGUUUCCUUAUAUAAAUCAUUUUGUAUUAAAUUUGGCGUAUUCUUCGACUAUGCAUAGAAAAAAAUUAAAAAGUGUAAAUGAUUAGGAAAAUGCUGAUUUAAAACGCUUUGAAAAAACACUUCUUCCGGUAUAUUCAGAUCUGUUUGAAUAAUUUAUACGAUCAAUGAAUAAAUCUGAUUCUUAAGUAAUUCUAAGUACGGCUUUCCGGUCAAAUUGUUUGAUAAAAAGAGUGGAUCAAUAAUUUUGUUAUACAAUAUAAUAACCCAUGCAUUCAUAGGAUUAUACCGGACGUAUACUGUAGUAUGUUCGACGUACUAUUCAGCAAAGAUUUUAUUACUCCAUGCAAUACGCAUUUGAAUAUUUAAUAAAUUAAAAGUACUUUUGAAAAGUAAUUUCGAAACGCGUAAAAUUAGAAAUGCAUUUUAUCGAGGAUUGAUUGACUCAAAAUUAAAAAGAAAAAAAAAAAAAAGAAAAGAAAAGAAAACAAGAUAUAGUACUAUCGUAAAGAGAAUUAAAAUAUCUUUCAAAUGACGUACCGCUUGACCCCUGUUAUCACUUAAAAUUUUUAAGGGGGUUAGCUCAAAAUAAAUGAAUAUACGAUAAGAUCUAUCUCUCUUAAUAAUAAAAUUGAUUUGUCCCGGUGUUUCUCGAAAAAAUCAGUUAGAUUAUAUAAAAAUCCUGAUGGAUACUUUUCAUUGGGAUACUUUGGUAUGUACAUAAUACAUAUAUAUGUAUAUGUAUAUACACACGCAUAUAUACGUACUAUUAAUCGAAUGAAUAAACACAUUUGAAACCGAAUCUGAGUUUGGAUCGAUCGAGGUUUAUCGAGCAUACGAGCAUGCUGCCUUUCGAUCUCUUUGUUAUCGACAAACAUUUCAUCGGUUCUUUAAACAGAAGAGUAAAUAAAUUAUGUCAGAAAUUUUAAAACAACCGAGUUAAAUCUGCCGUUGUUUAUACAGUAUUAAAAAGAUACUACUCAUUGAAAACUAAUGGAACAUUGAUUUCCGUUCUCAUUGUUAUUAAUUAUGAGAAAAGUGUGGAAAAAGGAAAUAUAUAUAUAUAUAUAUAUAUAUAUAUAUAUAUAUAUGUAUUUGAAGAAAGAAAGAGAAAAAGAAAGAGAAAGAGAGAGUAUAUAUAAUUCUAAAUAAGAGAGUAAAUCUUCCUAAGUGCUAACACUUAAUAUUGUUGUUAUAUGCAUAAGGCGUUAUUUAAUUAAACCAGACUACUUCUAAAUCGCGUUCCAAAAUGCUGUCUAUAUCGACGUUACGAUGAUCUAUAAUCGUAGAAAAUGAUUCGAUCGUCUUCGUCAAACAUCGGUAGAUCACAGUCAAAAACGAAUUCUCUUUGGCCUAGAAGAGAAUCGUUGUGACAUAGCAAAGAUCUGAAAGAGCGCAUACGUGAUCUGAUAUAUAUAUAUAUAUAUAUAUAUAUAUAUAUAUAUAUAUAUAUUUUGACUGAAAGUACUCCAUAUUAAAGACAUUUUUAGAAAUGAAAUCUGAUUCAUAUUCUGAAUAUAUUGAAAAAAAUUAUUAUUUUCCGUUUGGAUCUUUCGCGUUCGAUAAUGAAUUCGUUUUUGAUAUAAUACGUACGUUUUCAUAUACUAGUAAAUAUAUAUAUAUAUACACACAUGUAUAUAUAUAUAUAUAUAUAUCUGACAGAUUAAUCAUAUAUUUUUUACAUUCGUUUGUCAGCUUUUAUUUGGUAAUAAAUCGUGAAGAACAUCGCUGUGAUCUUACGAGAGGGUUCUUAGAUAAACGUUUUGUUUGGACGCGAAAGAGUUAAAAACAAAAAGAAAACUAAUGUAAAAAAAAGAAGAAGGAGAGAACAGAAGGAAGAGAAAAAACAAAACGAUAAAAAAAACGAAGAAUAAUCUCAGAUUUUCUCUGUAUCACGUGCGUAUAUACAGAUACUUCUUGUUUUACGAAUUUGAUUUAACAUUAUUAAGAUUUUUAAUGGUAAAAAUUGGAAUUGUUAGGAACAGAAGAUACGUUUGUUAUAUAUUGCAUCGAUGAGAAGUGUAUAUUCUCAUUAUAGAAAAGUAUGAUUAAGAAGGAGGAGUUCAUUCGUAAAGACGAGAAUGAUCUGUAUAAAUUUCAAGCUGUGUAGUCUCCGAUUGUGUUGACUACACAAGCGGAACCUCUUUCGAGGAAGACAAUCAAAAAUGUUACUUCGUGUAACAUUGUCCUUAUUGUUUCUAUUGUAUAUGUUUAACUAUGUAAGUUACGCAUAUAUAUAUAUAUAUGUAUAUAUACAUAUAUAUAAUAAUAAUAAUAAUAAUAAUAAUAAUAAUAAUAAUAAUAAUAAUAUAUAUGUAUAUAUAUAAUAAUAAUAUAAGAUAUAUCGUAAUCGUACGAGAGAAAUCUUAUUAUAAUUGUAAAUGGACUUAGGGUAUAUUAUCUUGUCCGAGUGAUUUAUUUAAGAGAAUUUAUCUUAUAUGCGUGUGUGCGUGUGCGUGCGUGAGUGUGUCUGUACGUAUGUAUAAUCCUGUUGUGUGUCUAACUUUCAAUCGAUCGCAAAUUGUCGAGAGCUGCUACUACUACUAUAUUAGUGGGAUUUAUAGAAAAGAAAAAAAAAGACUAUGAUAUUUAUGCGAUGUAGACGUUUGUUGAAUUAUUUUAGCGAGGCGCCGUGUUGCUACUGUGUCCUUUAAGUUUCCGAAGGGUUGCAUAUAUAUGUAUAUAUAUAUAUAUGUAUAUAUAUUUAUAUUUAUAUUUAUAUGUAUAUUUAUAUAUGUAUAUAUGUGUAAAUCGUUCCCUUCGAUCUGGAGACUGAGCCCAAAUGAAGGGCUGUUGAUAAACUAUGAUCUAUCGUUGAUACUUUGCCGCUGCCGCUUUAUUUAUUUCAACGAGAUAUUUUUUUACACUUCGACGUUAAGCUUUUUGCACCACGUCGCGCGUGUGAAAGAGAGAGAAAGAAAAAAAGAAAGAGAAAGGGAAAGAAAGAAAAAAGAAAUAAGAAAUAUAACACCCGACACCCGACGGGUCAAUCCU